ACGCACUUCACGCAUAUAGCAAGCCCGAAGGAAAUCCCACUCUACAAUACAAGGCAAUAGAAGGGAAAUCCUCCGCCUUGGACCUAAUCCGUCGUCUGGCUGGUCUGGCUACGUUGGGUGCUCGUCUCGUGCUUUUUUUUUUUUAGCUUUGUUUUGCCGACCGUGUUGUGUUGUUUCAGUUUUCCUUGAACGUCGGACGUUGGUGCGUGUUGUUCGCGAGCGUAUUGUUCUCUGUUGGGUGCCGAAAGCGCCGAAAUAUGAACACACCUUUGACCAAGGCGUCCGUCCUUGUAAAGGCUGCUCAGAGAUGUUGUUCACGUUUCUUGUCUGCAAAUGCACCAGCAUCCAAUACUGGCUUCUGUUUUGAGCUGUCAGAUGACCAGAAAGAGUUCCAAGGGCUUGCGAGGAAAUUUUCUCGAGAAGAAAUCCUACCGAAAGCUGCCCACCAUGAUAAAACUGGGGAGUUUCCGUGGGACAUUGUCAAAAAGGCCUGGGAGCUUGGUCUCAUGAAUUUGGCCAUUCCGACAGCAUACGGUGGGAGCGAACUUUCACUUACGAACCAUUGUCUUGUUACGGAAGAACUUGCGUACGGUUGCACAGGUGUCUCUACAGCAAUAGAUGCUUCUGAUCUUGGGCAAACUCCAGUUAUCAUAGCAGGAAAUGAAGAACAGAAGAAGAAGUACCUCGGCCGCUUAAUCUCCGAACCCUUGCUGGCUGCGUACUGCGUGACCGAGCCAGGCGCUGGGUCGGACGUGGCUGGCAUUAGGACAAAGGCGGAGAAAAAGGGCGACCAGUGGGUCCUCAACGGACAAAAAAUGUGGAUCACAAACGGAGGGGUGGCCAACUGGUACUUUGUGUUGGCAAGAUCAAACCCCGAUCCCAAGUGCCCAGCCUCAAAAGCAUUUACUGGUUUUAUAGUGGAAAGGGACACGCCUGGACUUACUCCGGGCCGCAAGGAGGUGAACAUGGGACAGCGUGCAUCAGACACACGAGGCAUCACUUUUGAAGACGUAGUAGUACCCAAAGAGAAUGUUUUACUGAAUGAAGGUGACGGCUUCAAAAUUGCCAUGGGAACCUUUGACAGGACGAGGGCACCGGUUGCAGCUGCAGCCACUGGCUUGGCUCAGAGAGCGCUAGAUGAAGCUGCAAAAUACAGCACUGAGAGAAAAACAUUUGGUGCGCCUAUUGCUGCGCACCAAGCAGUGCAGUUCAUCCUGGCCGACAUGGCUAUCGGGGUAGAGGUGUCCCGUCUUGCUUGGAUGAGAGCUGCCUACGAGGCAGAUCAGGGCCGUAGGAACACCUACUAUGCUUCCAUAGCCAAGGCCCUGGCCUCGGAUGUCGCAAACAAGUGUGCGUCUGAUGCCGUACAGGUGUUCGGGGGAAAUGGAUUCAACACGGAAUACCCAGUCGAAAAGCUGAUGCGUGAUGCAAAGAUAUUCCAGAUCUAUGAAGGCACCUCUCAGAUUCAACGCCUUAUCAUCAGCAGGGAGUUAUUAGGACACUACAAAUAGGCUUAUACCAAUGAGGCACUUUUUGUAGGUGAUGUGAUAAUUGCAUCAAAGUAUGCCACGAGAUUUGUUUUAUUUUUCCUAGACUGUUUCUAUUUGCUCAACUUUUUGACACACUGGGAACCUAUCAAUGCAAUGCUAAAUGCUGUGCCACCACAGAUAUAUACACUAUGUAUACUAUAUGUUAUUCUGCUAAGUCUUUUGUAUCCACAGUAUUGGUUAGUACCAUUUAUAUACCUUACUACUGAGGA